UGCUUUUCUCUGAAAGCUGUAUGGCUGUGCGCUGCAGAGCUGGAAACUCUCAGAGAGCCGAGCCUAGGCUCUGAAGUGUCCGCGCUCCGGGUUCCAGCCUCCCGGAGCUCCGAGUCAGGCAAACUGAGCAUGCGAGUCUUGCAAGUGACGCUUGCUCUGGCGGUGUGGAUGGUUUCCUUCGUCUCCGGUUACUCCUAUACAGCAAGCACUUUGCCAGACACAGACGAUGAAGAGUUCAUCAGAGAGUGCGUUCACAUUCACAACAAGUUCCGAUCGAAGGUGAAACCAGCAGCCAGCGAUAUGCUUUACAUGACUUGGGAUCCAGCACUAGCUAAUGUUGCAAAAGCAUGGGCAAGAAAUUGUCGGUUUGAGCACAACUCUCAGCUGAAGCCGCCCUACAAGCUACACCCAAACUUCACUUCGUUGGGAGAAAAUAUAUGGAGUGGCUCUCUCUCCCUGUUCUCGGUGUCUUCAGCUGUCACAGCCUGGUACGACGAAGUCCAGUACUAUGACUUCAGCACCCAGAGUUGUAGCCAAGUAUGUGGCCAUUACACUCAGGUCGUUUGGGCUGAUAGUUACAAAGUCGGAUGUGCCGUGCAGUUCUGCCCCAAAGUUGCUAAAUAUGAAGCGCUUUCCAAUGGAGCCCAUUUCAUAUGCAACUAUGGACCACCUGGAAAUUAUCCGACUUGGCCAUAUAAGAAAGGAGCCACUUGCAGUGCCUGCCCUGCCCAUGACAACUGUCUGGACAAUCUUUGUGUUAACACCAAGAGAGACAAUGUCAAACGUUACUACUCAGUUGAAUAUCCCGGCUGGCCCAUAUAUUUACGUAACAGAUAUACGUCUCUUUUUCUCAUUGUUAACUCAGUACUUUUAAUACUUUCUGUCCUAAUUACCCUUUGGGUAAAGCACAAAUACCCUAAUUUAAUUCUCCUGGAUUAAUACAAUCAGAUUUGUUAUUUUU